CACUUUCUUUUCUCUUCUUUUCUCUCAAUGGGUUCAGAUACAACAUCAACAGCAUUGUUGGCUGAUGCUUUUGCUCAACAUGUACAAGCAAGCAUACAACUGGUCAAAGUAGCACUUGAGCUAGAAUGGACUGUAUUUACUCGGUUUGCAGUGGGUGUUAUAGCAGCAACAUUGAUGUCCAUUAUCUACCUUGUCUGGACCCUGCGUCAUUCGCGUCGUCCCUUAGUGAUUUGGGAAAAACUCAAUAAACCCUUGAUCAAAGUGUUUCGACCCAGGAUUUUCGCUUUCUUAAUGGGCAACAUCAAUCCUUAUUCGAAAUCGAUAGAUAUGCGUAUUUCGACAUUUUCUCGAGGAUUCUGUACUGGCUUUAUGCUUGAUAGACAAAAAAACAGAAAUCCAUUUCGAAGUGUCCAUGCAACUGCUUUGGCUACAUUUGCUGAAUCUGUAGGUGAAUUAGGCUUGCUUAGUAUACUGAAAGACAGUAAGGAUGAAAUCACACUUGUUUCUUUGGAAUUAGAGUUUAUGAAAAAAGCAAGAGGUUUAUUGACUGCUUCGACUGAUUUCAACUUACCUGAAAAUGAAAACAUCCAAGUGGAUGCUGAUGGUCAAAGACAAGUCAAGAUUGAUGUGGUGGUCAAGGAUCGUACUUUGGAUACAGUUGCUGUAGCACAUUUGGUCUGGAUGAUUCAGGGCAAAUCACAAUAGAAAAGUUUGAUGGGGUUCAUCCAUAAAUAAACACACUUUAGGAUAACGUAUAAAAGGAAUACAAUCAGACAAAUAACUACAUAAAGAGAACAUAAAGCAUGCC